AUGAGCACCGAAGAUGACAAGCGCAUGAUAGUCGAAACGGAGACGGUGCAAACGCCUGCGCAGAACCUCCUGCCGGUGCAGUCCGAGGAUAAAGCCGAAGACGAGGCCACGAGCAUCAUAACGCAGGGAGACGGGCCUGCAAACCUGAUCGACCACAAUCCGCUGUCCAUCCACAACGGCAGCGGCGCGAUCCGCAACAAGAAGUCGAGCCUGCUGAUAGACUCGUUUCUGGGCAAAGAGGCGACGCCGUCGAGCACGGGGCUCGCAAGCACACAAGGAACGGCCAAACCGGCCGUGCAGAGCACGUCGCAUUCGAAGCCCUCUCACAAAGAGCUGCUGGAAGAGUCGCAGCCUCGUCUUGGCGUUCCAGAGGAUCACAAGCCGGAGGCGCUUAGUCCUCGCGCGUCAGGCCCCAUAGAGCAUGCAGAGGACGGCACGGCGCGCAGAGCGCGCGAUCCCCCCAAUAAGGCGGACUUUUUCGCCGCAAGACUGGCCUCUGCUGUUGGUGAAAAUGAAAUAAGCGACUCGGAAGAGACCUUUGUGUACGAGUCCACUGCCAACUCGACGAACAAUGCAGCGCCUGGCGAGUCGCGUGCCUACGGCAUCCCCGCAAAAAUGAGCGCGCCCCUGCUGAAUCACAACACCCCAAACGCAUCGACUUCGAAACUUCUCAACCGCGCGAAAGCCACCCGCCACACCAGCAUUGCCGCCAUACCGCCCGCGCAGCCCUCGGAGCAAUCUGACGAUCUGCAUAGCUUGCGCUACGUCAACCGCGCCAAUCCGCAGGAGAUUCGCUCCGUAAGGUCAUACACUACCAUGCCACGCUCCCCAGGCAAAAGGCUCUCGUUAAUAUCUUUGGCCCAGAACGGCGGGGCCUCGGCGCCGCGCAAGACGUCUCGGCUGGCGUCCAGUAACUCUAACGCCAAUGCCCGUCGCAAGGUUUCGCAAAAAAGGCAGCUAAGAACAACGGCAUCCAAGAUAUUUGACGCACACGGCGCCUCACUGCGGCGGUAUUCAGGUGUCCCAGAUGAUGUGAACCUUGAAGACUACAUUGAACAGACGGGAGGCGAGUUAACGCCCAAAAAGUUUGCCUAUCAUUCCGAUUCCGAGUUCGAAGACGAGCCAGUGAGCUACACUCAGAACGCAGACAACGAAGAAGAAGAUAAUCAUUCGAUGUUUUAUUACUCGCAUCCCAAAAAUGAUUUAGAGGCGCGUCACGUACUCUCCGACUAUGAUGAGGCAGAAGAAGGAGGUCAUCCCGUGCAAGGUCAGCAUUUAGGAUACCAGCCGGAGCUUGACUAUUACGCUGACAACUAUUAUUUACAGCCCACAGAGGCAACCGCCCUCAAAAAAAAACCAUCGCAUUACAACGGCUAUUCUCCGCACAACUUUUAUACCACGAAAACAAACUGGGCACGGUUUCGAAAUUUUGUCUAUUUCGCCUUUGUGGUGUCAUUUCUGCUAACUCUAGGCUUCAUUUCAGGUUUCCUACUCGCAACAAACAAGGAGCUGCACGAUCUGCAACUUUCGAAAAUCACGUCUGUGUUGGUUAGCGCCGACGAGUUGGUCUUUGACGUUAUUGCGACAGCUUUCAAUCCAGGGUUCUUUACAGUUGAAAUUCAAAAGGUGGAAUUGGAUAUAUUCGCAAAAACAUCACACCUAGACCCAGAUGGUGGCGCCUUAGGGACCCCCUAUGAGACUAUUUUACUAGGCACCGUCGAAAACUUGGAGAACUCUUUGCAAUUUCAGGGCGGCUUUUUCCGGAGAAACUAUGACCAUUCCAAGUCAAGCGUUAAAUUGAUUCAUCCGGGAAGCGUUGACGAAGAAGGUCGUGAUGACGCUCGGCCCCAUAAAGAAAACAUAGAGGACGGAAUCGCCAAAUGGCGGCAGCUAAUUCAUUACGAGUUUGACCUUAUUGUGCGAGGCAACAUGUAUUAUAAAAUGCCUUUUUUCAACAGCGAAAAAAGUGUGGGCGUACAAUGCGUCACUUUGGUAAACCCAUACAAGGGCGGCAACGGGAACGAGCUAUUAGGGAAUGAAGCAUGA